AUGGGGCAGGGGCUUCAACUGACAGUGGGAUUAGAUGAAGCUGCACAUCACACUGCUGGGCACAGAGUUCGAUUCCAUAGACAAAGCAGACGGCAUCGCGCUGCGAAUGAUGGCGCGCUACGCUUUGAACCAGAGCCGUACAGUAAGAAAUUGGAGCUGAACAGUUCGGGCAAGAUACAUUGCAAGGUGGCCGGGGGAAUUGCACCCACUGUGCAGUGGUUUCUGAACGAUUCCGAACCUCUCCCGAAGGGGGUGACUUCGGCGAACGGUACCCUGAUGGUAACAGACGCUCAGAGACACCACGCGGGCAACUAUACUUGUCGCGCCACCGACGGGGAAGUCGUCAUAACAUCGAAUAUUACCUUGGACGUUGUCAUUGCGCCCCGCGUGUUGGAACCUCUGCCAGAUCAACAGAUGCACGUGACGGUGGGACAGAGUGUGUCCUUGAACUGCGUAGCCACCGGGGACCCCCCUCCAACCACACAUUGGGAUAGGAACCUCACCAUUUUACACCAGCAACAAGAGCGUGUUGAAAUUGAGGGAAGUGCGAACGCUUCUAUAUCAAGAUUGGUGCUUCUGAACAACGGCACGCUUCUGAUCCGCAACGCUUCGGAGCACGAUGCGGACCGCUACGGCUGCACUGCGGGCAGUGCGGCCGGGCUCGCCAGGACUGAACUACUACUGGUCGUGCAUCCCGAAGGGGAACUCCCCGUGCCGGAGUCGACCGGCGUGGCGGGUAAAGCGGUGCUCGUGUCCAUAUCCUUAGCUGGGGCCUACAUGAUCCUUGUUCUGGCACUGAUGCUGUACUGCCGGCGACGUAGGCUGCAGAGACGCCAACGAGGUGAAAAAAUGGAGCUGGAAAUGGCAGAAGGUAGAGAGAAAUUGGUAGAAGAGGGAGAAGAGAAACAGAAGGUGACGAAGAACGGUGCGCCCGCGCAGAAUGGACGACUAUUGCCGCAUGAUAGAGAUAGUGGCGCAGAUAAUUCAGAGGUAUCAGCCGUGUCUCGGGCGUCGAAGAAGUCCAGUGGCCAGUACGAUCAGCUCACAGUGCCGAGGACUUUGCUCACCGAACAAAUCACACUAGGUCGGGGCGAAUUCGGAGACGUGAUGCUGGCGAAGAUAGACAUGACACAGAUAAUGAAGCUACGCAGUAAGGACGAAGACGUGGAGCCACAGCUGAAGCCGGUACUGGUGAAGGCGCUGACCACCAAGGAUGAGGUGCAACUGGCGGAGUUCCGCCGGCAGUUGGAGCUGUUCAGCCGGGUGCGCCACGAACACAUCGCUCGCCUGAUUGGACUGUGCAACGAGGCGGAUCCACACUACAUGCUGCUAGAACACACUGAUUGGGGUGAUUUACGUAGCUUCCUGAUCGCAACCCGCACGCCCGAAGAGAACGAGGAGUAUAUAAACAGAGUGGGGCCUCUGCACGGCUUGCCAGCGAGAGAAAACACCAUCCACCCACUCGCUCCGAGGCACAGACUCGCCCUGGUCGCUCAUCUGGCUUCCGCAGCCGCGAGGCUCGCCCACAAGAGACUCACCCAUAGAGACAUAGCGGCGCGCAAUUGCGUCAUAACCUCAAAACUUCAGUUGAAGCUGACAUUCCCGGCGCUCACCCGCGGGCCAAACUCGCACGAGUACUACAAACACCAUGAUCAGGUGAUACCUCUUCGCUGGCUACCCUACGAAGCCGUUAUAGACGGGGAGUACUCGACGAAAUCUGACGUCUAUAUGUUUGCAGCUACCAUUUGGGAGAUAUACACAAAAGCUGAGAUGCCAUUCGCAAAACUAAACGACAAUUCUGUGUUGGAGCGAUUGAAGAGUGACACGUUGGAGUGGAACAUACCUAGCUGUAUGCCGGAGCGACUGGGCAACUUGCUGAAACGUUCCUGGAGCAAGUCCCCAUCAGACCGGCCUCAGUUUACUGAAAUCUACGAAGAGAUGACGUCCAUAAUACAAGAGAUCUCCUCGGAGAGUAUUUCCCAACAUUCUCAGGAUAAGAUAGAAAGGGACGAAUGAAUCGGUACGUUUGUGGUACGGUACCAUUUCAUAUGGUACGAAACGAACUAAAGAAAUUAACUUUUUAAUUUAAUUCAUCAGCAACAACACCCUAUAACACUCCAUGCUGGACUAAAGGCUUCUCAGGAAUUCAGAACACGAUUCCGUGUAUCCUUUAUGUCACAGAAAAUAA